CCUUUGAACAAUGGCGGAUCCAGUUCUUCAACCUCCUACAAACCCUCAUUUCUUCCAGCCUCUUCUUCCCGGCUUCGACUCCUACCUCACCAUCCCUGUGAAGUUUUUCUCGGUAUACUUAGAAGGAAGAAACGAAGGAAAGACAGCGGAGCUAAGAUCCGACGCGUCUGAGAUAAGUUGGAAAGUUGAGAUGGAAGGUCAGAGACUCACCGUCGGCUGGAAAGAGUUCGCCACCGCGCAUGAUCUCCGAGUCGGAGAUGUUAUCGUUUUCAGACACGAUGGAGCUUCAGUGUUCCACGUCACUUGUUUUGGACCCAGUUGCUGUGAGAUUCAACAUGUACAAUCUUGUGACGACAACGAUGAUGAUGAUGAUGAGCAAGAAAACAUCAGAAACUUGUCGAUGAAGCAGAGUCUUAAAACAGAACCAGAGUCUUCACUAGACGAAGACAAAGAUUACAUGGGAAAGCUUCCGAGAAAAAAACACGUGAAGAAGAGGAUUCCUGAAGCAAAAGCAAAGUCUUUUUCAUCAGACCCGUCUUGUUUCGUUGCACUUGUAUCAGAUUCGAACAUAAGAAGGGAUACAAUGUUUCUUCCAAAAAGGUUUUAUGAUUCCGGUAGUCUGACUAAAGGAAGUAACCAGAUUGUUCUAAUGGAUGAAGGAAUGGUUGAAGGAGUAAAGACAUGGACGCUAUUUCUGAAGUUUAGAAACUCCAGUGGAACGUUUUACAUGAGGGGUGGCUGGAGAAGUUUCGCCAUGAGAAGGAGCUUAAACCUGGAGAUACUGUCACGUUUAAACUAGAGAGCAAAAACAUGAAAAGGCCUCUUCUUCGUUUCUCCACUGCAGAACUAAAGCGUGUUUCCACUAAAGAUUGCAACAAAGGAAAGAGAAACAAAUCUGGUG